UGUAUCAGAUUUCUUCUACCUUGUUUGUGACCUGGUUUUUAACUCUUCCUAAAACCCUUGCCUUUCCCUCUCCUCUCUCCUCUGAAGCUCACACAGAUUCCAUCGCAAUCGGCGUCGCCGCCUCUGGUCGCUGCUAGUCGGCGAUCCUAGUCUUCCACUAAUUGCACUUGAGCAUUUGGUUUGUGUGAGGAAGAGGCAAUGGGCAACGGUCCAGUUCCCUUUUCAGAAAUUGGCAAACGAGCAAGAGAUCUCUUGACCAGAGAUUACAAUUAUGAUCAGAAGUUCUCCCUCGACAUACCAAGCUCUACUGGAAUGGGAUUUACAGCUACUGGAGUGAAGAAGGGUCAAAUAUUUGUUGGUGAUAUAAGCACACAGUACAGAAGUGAAAAAACUAUUGUUGAUGUCAAAGUUGAUACAUACUCUAAUGUUUCUACCAAAGUGACCUAUGAUGUAGCGCCUGGGACAAAAGCAGCAGUUAGCUUUAAUGUUCCUGAUCACAAGUCUGGGAAGCUCGAUGUGCAUUACCUUCAUCAUCAUGCUGCCAUUAAUUCUAGUAUUGGCUUGAACCCGAGUCCUCAACUGGAGGUUUCUGCAGCAAUAGGAUCCAAGGAUAUUGCUAUUGGCGGUGAAGUUGGAUUUGAUACCUCUUCGUCGUCUUUUACUAAAUACAAUGCUGGAAUAAGCUUCAACAAACAAGACUUUUCUGCUGCUGUUUUAUUGAUUGACAAGGGACAAACUGUGAAGGCUUCUUAUGCACACGUGGUUAACCCUUUGACGGGAACUGAAGUUGCUGCUGAGAUGACGCACAGAUUAUCCAGUUUCCAGAACAGCUUCAGCCUGGGAAGCGUCCAUAAGAUUGAUAGUCUCACGUCAAUGAAGACAAGAUUCUCCGAUGAUGGUAAGAUUGCUAUAUCUAGCCAACGGGAAUGGAGGCCUAAGUCACUAGUAACGUUUUCAGCAGAGUAUGACACCAAGGUCAUCAACACAGCUCCAAAAUGUGGCCUCUCCAUUGCUCUCAAGCCCUGAUUUUUAACAUUAUGAGGUUUGAUUUUUGAACAAAUAGGCAUUGAGCUUGAGGCGCUUAACGAUUUUUAUUGACCGGGAAACAAUAACCUUUUUUUACAAACAUUGAAAUGAUGGUGAUAAUUUUGGAUGAAUUCGUUUCCAGAAAUUGGAUAUUUGUUGUAUAAUUGGCCAGUAAGGCAAUAAGCAAAUAUUCUCCCCAUUGGGAUUUUAUAA